UUAGCUUGGGGCAAAGUGAGCGCGUGAGAAUAAGAAAAGGAAAAAAACGUGUUUAAAUCACACACUAAACUUCCUGUUGGCUCUGAAUGUCAGCACGCGACUCCGACCGUUAUUCUAUAACAGCCAAGAGUGAGUGAGUGCGCGAGGUCACCACGUCUAGGCACUUUGGAACCACGGUGCGCGCGCGUCCACUCUCUGGCUCGGCUCGAGCGAACGUGUUUGGUCUCAGGAGGGAAAUAACGUCUUUUAAACCGGAUUUUAAGGUUAAAAACAAUUUUUUCUGAGCGACGUGAUUCGUCGCUUGAUGAGUUUGAGCGCUGCGGUGACGGCGGAGGAGGAUUUAGCGGGUCCCUGCUCCCCUGAAGGGGAUUUAAUGACAUAACGGCGACUUUAAAACGGGCUAAACUCGGUUUUCCCUCCUCCUGAUACUCCCCCGGUUCUCUUAGGGUCCUGGUUUCUAAGGAAAACUGGAUUUCUAUUUAAAAACCGGACCGUUUCCUGAACUGAACCGUCCCAGGUCGUGGUUCUGCCGGUGUCCCGGGUUAAAGGAGGAGGAUGCUAAUCCUGGUUCUGGUGUUCUGGUUCUGGACGCUGGGCCUCAGCCAGCGUGUGGAUUAUGACAGCUGGACGAAUCUGGCGGUGUUGUCUGACGGUCUCUGUCGCCAUGGUAACAGUGUGGAGUGCUGUUGGGGCUGGAGACAGAUAGACUGGGGACAGUGUCAGCCUCACUGCCAGCAGGGCUGCAAACAUGGAGAGUGUGUCGGACCAGACCGAUGCAAAUGUCACCCGGGGUACACUGGAAAAGCCUGUAACCAAGACGUGAACGAGUGUGGCGUGAAGCCGCGGCCCUGCAAGCACCGCUGCAUGAACACGCCGGGCAGCUUCAAGUGUUACUGUCUGGACGGAUUCGUGCUGCAGCCGGACGGCAGCUGCAGGAAUGCCAGAACCUGUUACCAUGCCAACUGUCAGUACGGCUGUGAGGUGGUGAAAGGAGAGGUGCAGUGCACCUGUCCGUCGCCAGGGUUACGCCUGGGACCAGACAGACGCAGCUGUGUGGAUAUCGAUGAGUGUGUGUCGGGUGGAGGUGUGUGUCCUCGUCGCAGGAAGUGUGUGAACACGUUUGGGAGCUUCAUCUGUAAAUGUCACCUGGGCUUCAGACUCAUGUACAUCAACGGACGCUACACCUGCAUCGAUAAGGACACACGGCCGUUCUGCUCUCUGAAUCCUUCGUCUCCAAAGUGCAGAUGUAAAGACGGCAGCUGUGAAGUCAUCUCAAAAGUGACGUUGGAGCCACAUAAACCCAGAACUACCACGCCCAUCACCACCACCGCUACAACUACCACAACUUCUACAACUACUACCCCUACUACAGCUACUACAACUACUACAGCUACUAAAACUCCAACAGCCUCCACAACUACUACUGCUGCUUCUACAACCACCAUCACCAUGACAACCACUGCUAUAGCAACAACUUCAUUGGCUCCUUCGACUAAUCCUACAACCACCACAACUACGACUACCACUCCAGUACCUACAACUACUACUUCUACUACAACUACUGCUGCAACCACCACUACGAGUACGACUACACCCACCACUCUGCCUACUACAACACAAGAGGAUACUACAACACCACCUCCUCCAACUACUACUGAUAGCCCUACUACUGCUGCUACUACUACUACUACUACUUCUACUACUACUUCUACGACUACUAUAACUUCAGCUACGACUACUGCUGCUACUAUGAUGCCUACGGUUGCCCUGACAACCACGAUGAUGCCCACCACCUCCAUGGUAACGACCACCGUGAACAACAGGAUCAACAAGGAUGUAACACACAGACAGAGAGGAGACGUGCACAUCCCUCGACAGCCCGGUCACAACCAGGUGUGGGAGUUUGACAUCGAGUUGGGAAACACAGCCGAAGACGCUGGAGACGAUCCUGAGGUCGCUGUGCUCCACUGUACCUUCGAUCACGGUGUUUGUGACUGGAUUUCUGACAGAGACGGAGAUCUAAACUGGGAAACUGUGCACACCCCCUCAGGUGAGCGCUACCUGUCUGUCCCUGAGCUGAAGGUGGGACAGCGAAGCAUUCGAGGCGCCCGAUUGGCUGUCCAGAUUACCCCCCCCUGGAGUCACGGCGACCUGUGUUUCUCCUUCUCUCAUUGGCUGACGGGGCAUCAUGUGGGUGUGCUGCAGCUGUUCGUCAGGAAAAUGGGACGAGACCAAAGGUAUGGCCCCGCCCUCUGGAGCAGGACGGGAGGACAUGGAUGGAGACAAACGCAGGUUACCUUGACGACCGACUCUGUGGACAGGGUGCUGUUGAAGGCGGAGCGAAGGAAAGGACGGAGAGGACAGAUCGCAGUCGACGACAUCACCCUGAGGCAGGGUGUGUGUCGAUGACAUCAUCAGACAGGGUGACCCUCAGGUCACAUGAUCAAAGGACCAGGAUGCUGUGGGGGCUGAAGCUGCAGCCGAACUUUGUGUGGCGUGAAGCUGAACGUCCUCAUCAGACCGGAGACGGCGGCGGUUAUUUCAGGGUUUCUGCUCCACCCAGAAGAUGUUUAAAGGUUUUUGCUCAAAAACCCAAAAAGUUCUUGUUUU